AUGCCUGGGUUCACCUGCUGUGUCCCCGGCUGCUACAACAACUCGCACCGGGACCGGGAACUGCGCUUCUACACGUUUCCUAAGGACACCGCUCUCAGAGAGCAGUGGCUGAGGAACAUCUCCCGGGCCGGGGUCAGCGGCUGCUUCAGCACCUUCCAGCCGACUACGGGGCAUCGAGUCUGCAGCGUGCAUUUCGCCGGCGGGAGGAAAACCUACAGCAUCCGGGUGCCGUCCCUCUUCCCUCUGCGAGGGGUGAAUGAGCGCAGGAGUCGGCGGGGCAGAGGCAGGAAAGUAUCCGCGGCGGUUCCCGCGCCCGCCGCAGCUGCGACCUCCGGAAUUGUUGUCACCAGCUCCGUGCUGGGCAGCACCGCAGAAGGAGCCGAGGCCAACGCAGGCGGGGAAGCGAGCGACGACAGCAUCACCGUGGUGCAGAUUGGCCAAAACGGGGAGUACUUGGGCACCGCGCGACUGCCCGUCCAAACGGAGGGGACAUCUUACACGGGGCAGGUCGGCGGUACAGCCGAGGUAACGGCUGGCGACUCACAGGUGGACACCUCAUCCGCGGCGGCACCCGUGCAGUAUGUCAGCGUGACCAGCAGCCCGCUGGACCACUCGUACUCUCUGACCACUGGCACCACGUCGGCCGAGCUACUGAGGAAGCUGAACGAGCAGCGGGACAUCAUCGCGCUCAUGGAGGUAAAGAUGAAGGAGAUGAAGGCGACCAUCCGCCAGCUCCGGGUGGCGGAGGCCAAGCUGCAAGAGGAAGUGCGGGAACGGGACCGGUUGCUGUACGGCCACACGGUGGCUGCUAACGUUCGGAAGAAAAUCUGA